AUGCUGGUCGUUGAGGCCGAGCAGAGCGAUGUCGAGAAGCUGCUCAUCGAAGCCAAGCAGAAGCAUCCAGGCGACCCCCCAAACAUAGCUUGCUACAAUGGGCCACGCAGCUUCACUCUCGCUGGUCCAACUGCAGCCAUCGAUGCUUUGGUCACACAGCUUCAAGCACAUCCCAUCAAAACUACGAGGUAUAAAAGAUUGAAUGUCACCAACGCUUUCCACUCUGCCUUGGUCGACCCUCUCCUAGAUCGCCUUGAGAAGACUACUCAUGGAAUCAUCCUCAAGAACCCCGUGAUCCCUGUUCAGCGAGCCACGGAACAUGAAGAGGCGCCACUAGUAGCACCGCGGGCUAGUUUUGUUGCUGACCACAUGCGCAACCCCGUGUACUUCCACCACGCCAUCGAUCGUCUUGCGCGACAUUACGGUGCAUCACGCUGCAUUUUCCUCGAAGCAGGUACCAAUUCGACUAUUACAGCAAUGGCGUCCCGAGCACUCGGCAGUUUUCGGCGUACUGGACAAUACCUCUUUCAGAGCAUCGACCUUUCUAAUUGUGAUGACGGUUGGAAUAGGCUGACCAACUACGUCAUCAGUCUUUGGGAGGCCGGCCUACAUGUGCAACACUGGGCGCACCACGCGUUGCAGAAAUCUUUCGAGGGGAACAUCCAGCCCCUACUUCUCCCGCCGUACCAGUUUGACCCAGAGGCACGACACUGGAAGGCACUGAAGACACGGCCGAAGAAUGUGCCAGCGUCUCUUGAGGAGGAGUCGAAGUUUCCCGGGGUGGAUCAGCAAUCUGGGGGUUUUCUGACUUUUGAUGGAUUCCAAGACGGUCAGGCCAAGACAGUGGCACGAUUCCGUGUUAAUACCACGACAGAAGAGUACAAGAACGUACUGUCAGGGCAUCUAACCAUUCAAACGGCACCAAUCUGUCCCGCCACCGUGCAAAUUGGCCUUGUACUUGACGCCAUUAGAACGAUUCGUUCGGAGAAUCAAAAUUUGUCUGAGCCGCAGCUUGAGGACAUCCAGUAUCACUCACCAUUAUGCGGGAACUCGACGCGUAUGACUUAUAUCGAGAUCUACUACGACACUCAAGGCGACAACAGGUGGCAGUUUGAGGUAUUCAGUCCUGAGAAUAAGACCCAGGGUCGACUGGUGCACACAAUAGGCAACGUUGUAUUCAAAGACCAGAAUGGCCGGUCGCCUACACAACAGCUGGCCCAUUUCGAACGUUUGAUCGGACAUCAUCGCGCGUUGGAUCUACUGCAACGUUCCGAUGUCGAUGAGAUGCUUACCAAUCGCACCAUCUACCGCGUGUUUACCGACAUCGUGGAUUAUGGUGACGAGUUCCGUGGACUGCAGAAGAUAGCUGGGUCUGGUAAUGAGACCGCGGGGUACAUUAUCCGCCAGAAGCAGCACCGCAACAACGUUGUCCAGUUUGAUGCUCAUCUUGCCGACACGUUCUGCCAGCUCGGCGGUUUAUGGGUGAACUGCCUGACGGACCGGUCCCCUGGAGAGGUCUUCUUGGCAAAUGCUAUCGAGCAGUGGAUUCGAGCACCAUGCUCUAAGCAGGCAAAUGAGUUCCACGCCUUUGCUAGGCACCAUCGCCGGUCUGAUCGACUGUCACUGACCGACGUCUUCGUCUUUGACGCCGUGAAUGGAAAACUGUUGGAGGUCAUUCUGGGGAUUGCAUAUGUCAGGGUUCCGAAACUGUCCAUGGAAAAAAUGCUCGCGCGCCUCAGUGACGAUGCGUUCCUUGCUGAGACACCAUCAAUUAGGCGCGCAUCGGCCUCCCUUCCAUACAAGCCUCAAUCAAGCAAUAGCAUCACUCUGGACCGGGGCAAUGCGUCCCCAGCUACACGCGACACCACGGGGAUCCUGCCAACAGACGUCCAAUCCGCUGUUGAAUUGAAAUUGGCACAGUUAGAACAACAUCCUGCUUCAGACGAUGUGAAGUUGAGAGUUAAGGCCGUGAUUGCGGAUCUAACAGGAUUGAAAGUUAUCGAAAUUAAGGAUGAGAGUGAACUGGCAGACCUUGGAAUUGACUCUCUGACUGGUAUGGAACUCAUUCGCGAAAUCGAGAGUACCUUUCAGACAAAACUUCCGGACAGAGAGGUCCUCGCUGUUGUCGAUAUGCCGGGCUUGCUUAGGUGUGUCUCUCUCGCACUGGGCAAAGAUAUCGAGAGGGGCGCAACGCCCGGCGCUGGUCAUUCACAUCUGAAUAGCGAUGGUGAUGGAUACAGCACCGGAACAUCUUCAGACAGUGCCGUGGCGACAACUAGUCUGACGUCACCAGCGUCGGAACCAGAUACAGACAAAGAGAAACCUGGACACUCGCAAUCUAGCAAGCUCAGCCUAUCAUCAGUGCUGGUCAUGCAUGCUUUCGCAGAGACUAAGAAACUUACAGAUCGGUGCGUUGAGGAGCUAGCACAAGAGAACUAUGUAGCUGAAGUGCUACCACUGCAGACCGAGUUGACGAUAGCGUUUGUGCUCGAAGCCUUCGAGGAGCUUGGAGCCGGAUUUGCCAACGCCCGACCAGGCCAGCGCCUGCCUCGCAUAUCAUACGACAAGCGCUGCUCACACUUCGUCAAACACCUUUACGACAUGUUGGAGACAGAAACCCAGAUUUUCAACAUAGAUGGGGACGUCAUCACUCGCACUGCGGUGCCACUGCCACCGCGACACAGCAAGGCUGUCUACCAGGAACUCAUCACACGCUUUCCCGACCAGCUGCCAGCCAACGAGUUGACCAACCAUGCAGGUGCGAAUCUCGCCCAGGUACUUUCUGGGGAGACGGAUGGCGUGAAACUCAUAUUUGGUAGUCAACAAGGCAGCGACCUUGCCAGUGCCUUUUACGCCGAGUGGCCGCUGAAUCAAGUCAUGUAUUCACAAAUGGAGUACUUCAUGACACGGCUGGUGGCGAACCUCGAAGGCAUCACCGCAGACCAGCCACUGCGCAUCCUGGAAAUGGGGGCCGGCACCGGCGGUACAACGCGCCGCCUUGUACCGUUGCUUGCACGACUGCAGAUACCCGUUAAGUACACGUUCACUGAUCUGGCCCCAUCCUUUAUAACGACCGCGCGUAAGACUUGGGGCAGGCGGUUCCCAUGGAUGGCGUUCCAGGUUUACGACAUCGAGAAGGAACCUAACGAUGAUUUGAUUGGCACGCAGCACUUGGUCGUCGCGAGCAACGCUAUUCACGCCACUCACUCUCUCGUGCGCAGCGCAAGCAAUGUGCGAAAGAUGCUCCUCCCAGACGGGUUCCUACUCAUGCUAGAGAUGACGCGCGCGCCUUACUGGGUUGAUCUAAUCUUCGGCUUGUUCGAGGGAUGGUGGCUAUUCGACGAUGGGCGCCCACAUGCCUUGGCGCGUGAGUCGAGAUGGGAGGCGGACCUGAAGGCCGCUGGUUAUGGUCAUGUGGACUGGACAGGUGGCGAGACGCCAGAGAGCGACAUAGAAAAGUUGAUAAUAGCGGUUGCCAGCGACACUGGCCGGUAA